CUCGGUGCUCGGUUCUGCGCAUGCGCACGCGCACAGAGGUUAUCGAAAUAUGGCGGCCAGGUCUUGUGAAAAGUACUGAGAUCUGCUUCAAUUUCGACAGAUUCGCGCAGGUUGGGAGCCACAGUGCGUGUGUGUGCACGUGUGUGUGUGCGUGUGUGUGUGUGUGUGUGUGUGUUGUGGAGCUGUGGUAGCCAAUGAACAGCAUGGGCAGAACAGCACUGAAAGAUCAGAAGGAGAGUAAGAAGGAGAAGGCGGGCAGGAGUACUCCUGUCAACACAGGACCUGCACCAGUUAAAGCCCCUGAGUCAUUCUCAUGGGAAGAGUAUCUGAAGGAGACGUCGUCCACACCUGCUCCUCCCAGCUGCUUCAGACAGUCUCGCCUCCCUCCAUCAAACGACUUCAAGGCUGGUAUGAAGCUGGAGGCUCGCGAUCCUCGUAAUUCCACUUCCGUCUGCAUCGCCACGGUGAUGGGCAUAACAGGCAUCAGGCUUCGUCUACGCCUGGACGGCAGCGACAACACCAACGACUUCUGGAGACUGGUCGACUCCUCGGAUAUUCAGCCAAUAGGAACGUGCGAGAAGAAUGGAGAUAUGCUGCAGCCACCGCUGGGCUUCAGGAUGAAUGCCUCCUCAUGGCCCAUGUUUUUACUGAGGACGCUGAAUGGGGCAGAAAUGGCGCCAGCGUCUGCAUUCAAAAAGGAACCUCAGAGGCCCAUUCAGAACAGUUUCAAACCAGGCAUGAAGCUAGAAGCAGUGGACAAGAAGAACCCUUACCUCAUCUGUCCUGCAACCAUCGGUGAGGUCAGAGGUGAAGAGGUGUUUGUGAUGUUCGAUGGCUGGAGAGGCGCGUUCGAUUACUGGUGCCGUUAUGACUCCAGGGACAUCUUUCCUGUGGGCUGGUGUGCGGUGACCAAACACAGCCUUCAGCCUCCGGGGAACAGCAUCACCAUCCCUAAGCCGCUGUCCGCACCUUCUUCUUCUACUUCCUCCUCCUUUUCGUCUUCGCCGUCCAAGCAGACGCGGCGCUCCAUGCAGUCUUCAUACCGCCUGCCCACACCGCUCCCCCCUCUGCCCGUGAGGAAGGGCGUGAGGGGCCGGCGACCCAAAAGCGAGACCAUCGCCCUGCUCAAAGCCCUGGCGGCAUCGUCAGGCGCUCAGAGUCCAGGGGCCCAGAUGAGUACCACAGCGCCCGAAUCUGCCCCACAGCUUGUCCCACGCCCUCACAAGAAGAGAGGACCCAAACCAGGAAGCAAGAGGAAGCCCAAACUCCUGCAGAGCUCCUUGUCAGCACCAGCAGGUUCAGACUCCAGACUUCCGUCUUCUCAGGUGUCUAGGGACGGCCUGCCUCCACUGAGCUCUCCAUCCUCCGUGGUGUCCACAGUGUGCGUGUACGUGAAUAAACACGGGAACUGUGGCCCUCAUCUGGACCGCAAGCAGGUGCAGCGGCUGCCAGAUCACUUCGGACCCGAGGCAGUGAACCUGGUGCUGCAGCAGACAGUGCAGGCGUGUUUGGACUGCGCCUAUCAGCCCAAAGUGCUGCUGGGAUGCCUGCAGAAUCAGCCAGAUGGUGGAGAGGUGGUGCGAGUGCGGACGGACGGAGGAACACGGACGGUGAAGCUGCCGUCGGCGUCCAGCGCCGCAUUUGUUCUACGAUUCCUGGAGAAAGUGUGUCGACACCUUCAGUGCGAUAACCUGUUCAGCAGCCAGCCGUUCAGCCCCUACAGCAGCUACGACAGGAGCAAGUCAGUGAAAGAGGAGAUGUCAGAGGCGCCGGCACUAAACAGAGGAGUAAAGCGAAUCUCUCGAGACUCUCCGCCGUACUCCGCUCCCCUGUCCCCUAAGAUACUCCACUCGGAUACACACCCUUCCGAAGCUGAGACCCUUCCCCCUGAAGAAAACGGUUUACUCAAAGAGCAACGCUUCAUGGACUCCGCCUCCAACUCCAUGACACCCCGCCCACAGACGCUACGAAGCACCUCCGAAUACCAGUCCCAACCCAGCAGUCCAUACUACCACGGCAACGGCCCUCCCUUGCGUCGCCACGCCUCCAACCCCCCGACUCGCACCCACAGACGAGUAGAAGCUGCCAGCUCCACUACAGGUCCAGAUGCAGCAGCGGUGGAGUGCGAGACUCCCAGAAUUCCCAGCGGCAGAAGCCCUUCUUCCUGGUCUAUAGAGGAAGUGAUGCAGUUUGUGCGAGACGCAGACCCGACGGCGUUGGCGCCACAUGCUGAGCUGUUCAGAAAGCAUGAGAUUGACGGUAAAGCCCUGAUGCUUCUGAGGAGCGACAUGGUGAUGAAGUACAUGGGCCUGAAGCUCGGCCCCGCCCUCAAACUCUGCUACCACAUCGAGAGACUCAAACAGGGCAAGCAGUGAGGAUUAAACACACACAGACACACACAGUAACAGGAUUAAAUGCAGGUUUAUACAUACAGUACUGGUCAGCUUUACAGUACUCGAUUAGGCUCAGUAUUGGGUUAAGCUCAGCAGUACUGAAUUAG